GCCGUUAUUGUUCGUAUACAGUUAUCUUGUUCUCUGCAUGCAAUGUGGAGUUUGGGGUGUAAAACCAAUUGGUGCUGAGUGGCCGAUAAGGGAAUUUCGAGCAGUAUGGGUAGCAACAGUUGCCGACAUAGACUGGCCAAUUUCUAGUCGACAUACAUCUGCUCAACAACAGAAGGAAAUGAUUGUCCUCCUUGACAAACUCCAAGAUCUCAAUUUUAAUGCGGUGGUGUUUCAAGUAAGAUGUGCUGGAGAUGCUAUGUAUCAUUCUCAGAUCGAACCCUGGAGUCGUUAUCUAACUGGGGCUCAAGGAAAAGUCCCGUCACCAUAUUAUGACCCUCUGGAUUUUGUAGUCAACGAGGCACACAAAAGAAAUAUCGAGGUACAUGCGUGGUUUAAUCCGUAUCGAGCAAAUACGUCUCCCAGUCGCAGUGGACUUGCCAAAAAUCAUAUGGCCAUCGAAUAUCCACAAUAUGCUUACACCUAUGGAAGCGAUAUAUACAUGGAUCCUGGUGCAAAACAAGUCCAGGAUCGUGCCCAUGAUGUAAUUAUGGAUGUGGUGAAACGAUAUGACGUAGAUGGUGUCCAUAUGGAUGACUAUUUUUAUCCUUAUCCAGUAUCUGGAGUCAGUUUUCCGGACAGUCAUACAUAUAAUGCUUACAGGUCGUCUGGUGGACGUUUGAGUCACGAUGACUGGAGAAGGGAAAAUGUUAAUAACUUAAUCCAACGCAUUUAUUCCAGUAUCAAAUCAUUGAAAAAUGACGUCAAAUUUGGACUGAGUCCCUUUGGAAUCUGGAAAUCUGGUUAUCCUUCUGGUAUUGUUGGGUUUUCAUCUUACGAUUCUCAGUAUGCUGACAGCAGGAAAUGGUUUAUGGAAGGAUGGGUGGACUACAUGAAUCCUCAGUUGUAUUGGAGAAUUGAUCCCCCAAAACAAAGUUACACUCAUCUCAUGGACUGGUGGCUGCAGCAGAACACAAAACAUCGCCAUUUUUACGCGGGGUGCUAUGCUGGUCGAGUUGUCAAUGGUGGUUGGCCAGUAAGUGAAAUCAGGCGACAAGUAGAGGAAUCCAGGGACAGAAAUAACAAACUCAGCUUAGGCAAUGUCUUCUUCAGUGCUAAAUAUUUCCGAGAUAAUAGUAAAGGGUUGGAUGACAUGUUUAAAAGUGAUCUGUAUACAAUUCCAGCUUUGGCCCCUGAAAUGUCUUGGUUAAAUUCAACUGUUCCUCCUCCUCCAGGUAAUGUUAAAGCCAGUGGAAACACGAUUAGCUGGAAUCCGGAUAGUUCAGGAGCUGUACGGUCUUGGGCAGUUUAUUUACAACAGGCUGAUAACUGGAAUCUAGUUAAGGUCCUGAACAAGGAUACUACUCACUAUGCGGGUUUACGUGGUCAGUACGCUAUUACUGCUGUUAAUAGAUUAUCUACUGAAAGCGAUGCUGUGAUAAUCAAUAUUAAUUCAGAUCAACCUGUUAUUGGUUAAGCCGCUC